UUCACCAGCCAGCCCAUCUCCAACUUGACUCUUUUUCUUCCCUACUUCCGUCGCUUCCAUUCCCCCGUCUCAGCUCUCAGCCUCUGGGGUUCUCUUGCCUAUAAACUCUCCUCUUCUCCCGCUCUCAGUUUGUCUUCCAUUAUUUUCUCUUGAAACGUCAUACUUCGUUUCUCUUAAUAUUCACAAAUCGCAAUGGCUCCCAUCACAGAAGAGGCUGUUUCGAGCCUGAAGGAUAUGGUCGGAAAGCUUGAAGCUCGAGUGCAGGAUCUGGAAGGCCGCCUCAGCAAUGGCUCCAACAAGCCCAAGUCCGUUGCGGAACAGAUGCGCAUUAUCUUGAUGGGACCUCCCGGUGCCGGCAAGGGUACCCAGGCCCCCAAACUCAAGGAAGCGUAUUGUGCAUGCCACUUGGCUACUGGUGACAUGCUGCGGUCACAAGUCGCCAAGAAGACCGACCUGGGACGCGAGGCUAAGAAGAUCAUGGACCAGGGUGGUCUAGUUAGCGAUGAUAUCAUGGUUAAUAUGAUCAAGAGCGAGCUUGAUAACAACGCUGAGUGCAAGAACGGUUUUAUCCUGGACGGUUUCCCUCGUACCGUUGCCCAAGCUGAGCGCCUGGAUGACAUGCUUAACCACCGCAACCAGAAGCUCCAGCACGCCGUUGAGCUGCAGAUUGACGAUGCCCUUCUGGUCGCAAGAAUUACUGGCCGUCUGGUCCACCCUGCCUCUGGACGGUCGUACCACAAGAUCUUCAACCCUCCCAAUCAGGACAUGAAGGACGACGUCACCGGCGAGCCGCUGAUUCAACGUUCCGACGACAACGUCGACGCCCUGAACAAGCGUUUGGUGACAUACCACGCUCAGACUACCCCGGUUGCUGACUACUACAAGAAGACCGGCAUCUGGCGAGGUAUUGAUGCCAGCCAGGAACCCGGUCAAGUGUGGAAGAGCCUCCUCGGUGUUUUCCACAAGAACUGAAAAAAAAAAAAAGAAAAGAAAAAUUGAGCUUCGUGGUGCUUCCCUCAUAAUCUAGAGAUGUAAAAAUCAUACACGAGAAGAGUUGGGACCAACUGGGCACGGUUAUGUAUGAAUGCAGGUUUAUGGAUGAAGAAUAGAAGUCGCGACUUAUACCAUGGUAAAUAGACACCUGGCAGGAAUUCCAACGUUAUGUAUAGUAUCCACUUUGUGGAAACCAAGUUAUACAGUUAUGCUUCUAGUAGUGUCCACUUUGUUAGGGUGUCGACAUUUCGUGGACAGUGCAUCAAAUCCUU